CUGGCGGCUAGCGUCUCGUAGCGCGUCGCCACCUUUUAGAAUCCGUUUGACCUUGGAGCACACGACAGGUGUUGCCAACUGAGUUCGUAUCUCGCUGUGCCCGCACCACGUCUUGCGAAUUUCUGGUGAAAUGACUUGGUAGGUUAUUGCGACGGCACUAGUAGGUUAUUGCGAUGGCACAAGUAGGAUAUUGCGACGGCAUUAGUCGGUUAUUGCGAUGGUACAAGUAGGUUAUUGCGACGGCACUAGUAGGUUAUUGCGACGGCACUAGUAGGUUAUUGCGACGGCACAAGCAGGUUAUUAGUCAGGCCACCUACGGCAUUUGUCCGGUGCCACCUACUUCGCACCUUGUCGUGCCUCGCCUUUGUUUCGAACUGACUGAAGCCAAAUAAAUCUGUUAUUUCGCCACCAUGUGGCCCUGGCGUACAGCGGCCGACAGCCGGGCAGCUGAAGCAAUUAUUAUUCUGCCCGAUGGCAUGCAACUCUCCCUCGCUGCCCGCCUCACAGUAGAGCAGGCUCUCAGGCGCGUGCUGCCGUACUGCCUCCGCGCAGCAUCCACGUCACUAGCCUUCCCAUCCACGUCAAUGAUUCCCGCGUCCACGUCAUCAUCGUCUCGGUCCACGCUGUCGUGCUCCGCGGCGUCUGAGCCACUGGAGAUCGCCCUCUCGCUGCGCGCCGCAACUCCCGGCUUGUUUCAUGGCCACGCGAAGAAGAGCCUUCGCUUGUCUAAGCGGCUGUGCAAGGGGUGGACCUAUAUAGUGACCGCGGAGAACGCUCUUAGCGGGGAUGGAUUCGAUAAGGAGCGAAUGAUUCGAUUCGACAGGCGCGCGCACUGGGAGGUGCUGGCGGCGGUGAAGGAGCGCGAAGCCGCCGUGGCGCUGGCGCGUGGCGGCGUGCGGAGGCGACAGGUACCGUCGUCGUCCGAUCCGGCCGUCCACUGGCAUGAUAGCCCCGACCAGUGGAGCGAUCACAGCCGUACGAUUGAAUUCCGCUCGCACUUUCAGCUGGAGUCGCCGGGCUAUUCUACCGAGGCGUCCGUUAACGGGGAUGCGAAGGGCUGCGACGUGGACGACUCGAGGGGGUUGCUGGAAGCGUCACGAAAUUCGUCGAAAGGGCUCCGGCCGUUUGAGAGCGAAGUUACUGAUGUUACUCUUACAGUUGGCGAGAAGGAGUGGGAGACUGCGAGGAAGGUGGGUGUGAGCGCACCAAGCAAAAGCAGCAGAAGUGGCAGAAGUGACGAAAGUGGCAAAAGAGGCGAGUGCAGAGGAGCAAAUGAGGCGCUGAGGAGGAGAAAGAGGGAAGAGGAAGAAGAAGUGGGAGGAGGAACAGAGGAGGAGGAGAGUGAGGAAGAAGAUGAAUGGGAGGAGGUGGAGGAGGAGGAGGAGGAGGAUGAGCAAGGAGAGGAAGAGGGCCGCGAGAGCACUGAUGCAGAUCUGGCUCCAGACUCGCUGCACAGUGCGUUUUGGGGAUUGACUGGCAGGGCCGGGAAGGACGAGGAGGAGUCAGGGUCACAGGCGGGAGGUGAGGCCGCGGUGAGGGAUGGGCGGACAGAAGGCCCCGUGGACUCGAACGCUGCACUGCAGCUGCAGAGCGGAAUGAAGUGGAUCGAGGAAGAGGCACGUAACGCACUCUGUGAGAAGACGGCCCGACCAGACAGGAGGCCGGAGCAGCAGAGAUGGCGAGCGAGGGCCCAUGAGAAGGGGGGGGUGACGGGGGAAGCGAAGCAGAAGCAGGCGGGGGAAGAGCGGCAGGAACGGUCAUCGGAGGUAGCAGGGCGGCGUCACUGGGGCAGCCACAGCGGCACCAUGAGCAGCAGCAGCAGCUACAGCAGCGACCAGUGCUGUCCGCGCCACAGCAGCGGCGUGGACAGCAGUGCAGCAGGCAGCAGCAGCAGCAGCAGCUACAGCCCCAGCAGCAGAUGCAGGUGCAGGCGCGCCAGCCACAAUAGCCGGAGUGCGUCUGACAGUGAGCCCACCAGGAGGGCCAGUGGCGCAUUUAGUGGCCCUUUAAGUGGCCCUCGAAGUGGCCCUCGAAGUGGCCCUCUAAGUGGCCCUCUAAGUGGCCCUCUAAGUGGGCCUGUGAGGGGCCCUUUCAGCGGCCCACUGGCGCAGUCAGGGAACGGGCCACUGGGUGCGAGAGUCAGGAGCCCGUGGCGUAAACUGCGGAACGGGCCUCUCAUGCAACAGGGCAGUGGGCUUUUGAGCCGGCAAGGCAGUGGGUGCUACAGCCGGCCACUGAGUGGGCCUUUGAGCUACAGCCGGCCACCGAGUGGGCCUUUGAGCUACAGCCGGCCACCGAGUGGGCCUUUAAGCUACAGCCAGCCACUGAGUGGGCCUUUGAGCCAAGGCAGUGGGUGCUACAGCCGGGCAGGCAGUGGGCCACUGAGCCAGCAGGGCAGCGGGCCAUUGAGUCACAGCAGUGGGUGCUACAGCCGGGCGGGCAGCGGGCCUCUGGGCGAGCUGUUCAGCGGCAGCCUCAGUCAGCCGUCCCACGAGGCCUUCCGCCUCGCCGCGCAGUGGGAGGAAAUGCCUCUGGACCACCUGGCGCACGGCAGGUGCGAGCCUGCAGUGCUGGGCGCUAUGACCACAGGCUGGGGCGCGCUCGGGAGGGAUGAGAUGUUUGGGGGUCUGGUGGAGGGGGAUGGGGGGUUUCUGGGGGAGCAGGGGGGCAUGGGACACCGGCAGCCGCUAGGCGAGCUCAACUGUAUGGUGAUGUCAGGCGAGGGGAAGAAGUGGCACAACACCGCGGAUGGGGUGCGAGUGUCAUAUGAGUGGGUGGCUUUUGGCAGUGGUUUGGCUGGGCUGGCGGUGGGUGCAGGGCUCAAUGUAACAGGAAGGACGCAUAUGGGGAGUACUGCGGCGUCAAGUGUGCAGGAGGAGAACAGCUCAGAGGUGUUCGAGUCUGCUACUAGUGAGGAUGAGGAGUUCUUUGAUGCGCAGGCGAGGAGGAGGUCGUGGGGGAGCGAGGAGAGCUCGAGGGAGAGAGUGGUGAUGCAGCAGGCGAAGGAGGAGCUGUAUGGAGCAGGUGAGGCGACGUGCGAGUCGACUCAGAUGUCACAAGGGAGCGAGGAGAGCUUGAGAGAGAGAUUGGGGAUGCAGCACGCGAGGGCAGAACUGGGGGGAGCGGAUGAGGCGGAGGCAUGCAGUGCGGAUGAUGGUGUGAGGGAUGGGCGUCGAGUCUUGCUAGAUGCUGUGGGGGAUUCAGGGGCUGAGAAAGAGCUGAAAGAGGGCUUUGGAGAGGGGUCUGAUGGACUGUGGACCACAUUUGGAGUCCAGGAGGGGGCAGGAGCGAGCUGGCACGAGAAGAGAGAGAAGCAGCCAUGGGAAGAAAUCCUAGACGCGACCCUGGCCAUGGGGCAGCCAUGCGUUGAAGAGAGGGCUUGUGAGGAUGUGCCGAUGAGCAUCUUCCUGGAGCUGCUGCAGGCAUGCGGCGAGGAGCGAGGGGUGCAAGAGCACGAGGGGCGCGUGCAGGGCGUUGAAGGGGAGGAUGGGGGAAGAGGCCUGAUGGAAGAGGAGGGCAUGGAUGCAAGGGAUCGACAGUGGAAGGUGGCGGUGAGUGGUGAGCAGGACAAGGAAACGGUGGAGGGAGAGGAAGAGUAUGAGGAAGAUGAGGAGGAUAAGCUUCAGGAGACACAGCAGAAGGGAUUUGGAGAAGGGGGUGAGGGGGAGGAGGAGGAUCAGGAGGAGGAUGCGGAGAAAGAUAAAGAAGAGGAGGGGAUGGAGGAGGGGAUGGAGGAGGAGGAGGAGGAGGAGGAGGAGGAGGAGGAGGAGGAGGAGGAGGAAGGGAGGGGGGAGGAGGAGGAGGAAGGGAGGGGGGAGGAGGAGGAGGAGGAAGGGGGGGGAGGGGAGGAGGAGGGAGGAGGAGGAGGAGGAGGAGGAGGAGGAGGAGGAGGAGGAGGAGGAGGAGGAGGAGGAGGAAGGGAGGGGGGAGGAGGAGGAGGAGGAGGGGGGAGGAGGAGGAGGAGGAGGAGGAGGAGGAGGAGGAGGAGGGGAGGAGGAGGAGGAGGAGGAGGAGGAGGAGGAGGAGGAGGAGGAGGAGGAGGAGGAGGAGGAAGGGAGGGGGGAGGAGGAGGAGGAGGAAGGGGGGGGGGGGAGGGGAGGAGGAGGAGGAGGAGGAGGAGGAGGAGGAGGAGGAGGAGGAGGAGGAGGAGGAGGAGGAGGAGGAGGAGGAGGAGGAGGAGGAGGAGGAGGAGGAGGAGGAGGAGGGGGGAGAGGAGGAGGAAGAGGAGGGGGAUGAGGAGGAGGAGGAGGAGGGGGAAGAGGAGGAGGAUGGAGGAGAGGAGGAGAGGGAUGAGGGGGAAGAGGGGGAGGAAGGGUACGACGAGGAGGGGGAUGAGGAGGAGGAAGACGAGGAGGGGGAGGGAGAUGAGGAGAAGGAGGGGGAGGAAGGGGAUGACGAGGAUAGGGAAGAAGUUGAGGAAGACGAGGAGGAUGCGGAGGAGUGUAUGGAAGAAGAGGAAGAGGAAGACGACGUGGAAGAGGAGGAUGAGGAGGGGGAGAAGGAUGAUACGGGAGAGGAAGACGAGGAGUGUGGAAAAUGUCAAAAUUCCAAUGGCAUGUCCUUGGUCUUGGAGCCAUCUAUACGGUCAGAGUGGGAUGAGAGUGAUGACGAUGAAAGCCUACAAGCGCUCGAGAUAGCCGCCAGAUGUGCGGCUUAUGAGGCUGCUUUCAGGCUCAAGAUGCAGCAGGCACAUCGUGAUGCCAAAGAUUGCAAAAAGGGCUCUUUUUCGUCAUCUGAUGCAAGGUCAGCAGGGAAGCCGAUGAAGGGGUGCAGCGAUGGGGAAGGUGAAGGGGUGGGAAAUUCUGACACUGGAGAAAGGGUUGAGGCAGGAGGAGGUCGCCUGGGACUCGGUGAUUCAGAGCAGGUCAACCACCCAAGUUCAGGAUCCUCUCCUCUUUUGAGUGAGGGAUCCGAUUCAGAGAUUUCAAAUCAAUCUGCAGAGCAGGCUGACAGAGGAAGUACUUCAGAUGAGGAGGAUGAGGACGAUCUGGAAAUGGCUUUCUUGUUCCGACAGCUGCGGCUGUUUCAUGCAAGCCCAAGGCCAACACCGACCAUGAAGCAGAGCCAUUGGUCAAUCUGGGAGAAGGAUGAGCUGCCAUGGCGACCAGAGCUCCCAAUGAUUAUGGAGGUGCCUGGACUUGAAGCUCUAUGUGCUGCAGAAGAGCGGUUGCAGUCAGCAUUACCGGUACCAGCAUGAGCCUAGUACCCUCGUUGGACACUCUUGGUACAGUCGGCACAUAUUGACUAGAU